AUGUCUCAAGAGAACGACUUUCUCGUCCGUCUACCUGACAACCAAAACGUUGUUCAAACCAGAAUUGAAAAUCGGCCCCUUCACUUGGCCCAUAACAAGCCGCACUUUGAAUCUGGGAAGAUUACAUUUGGAGGUCCAAUCUACUCCUCCCAGCCCACGAGCGUUGAGAAUGGCAUGACUAAGAUUACCGGAAGCAUCCAUCUGUGCAAGGCUAAAACUGAGGAGGAGGUAUGGGAGAUGAUUCGGAAGGAUCCAUAUGCGAAACUUGGGGUCUGGAAUCUCAAUGAGACUGUGGUGACACCAAUGAAAGUUCUUGUGAGCACUCCCAUGUGA